AUGUCGUUGGAGGAAUCGCAAUUUUGGCAAGGUGUUGGAAUAUUAAUCAAAAACUACCAUGCUUUGAAUAAAAAGAUCUUUGGAGUGGUGAUAACUGCCGUUGAAAAGCUGCAGGACAGCCAUCUGUGCGAAUCCAGCGAAGAGGAACUGACGAGAUGCCUGAAAGAAGACCCAAACAAACGUACCUGCGAAGGAUUUAAGUUAGGAUUCAAGCUACUGCCAAAGAAAUUACCUGACAACAUAUUGGGCACUGGAACUGUAGACUUUGUGAAUCGCAACUACAAGUGCGAGUUUGCCAGCAACAUCAUCGAAGACUUCCAUGUCCGUUUUGUAGACGGACAACUCCUACUAGGCGGCUGCGAGAAGAACCCAAACUGGCUGGAGUUUGUCCUGAAACCAAAGCUUCUAAACUGGUCCCAAUCCAAACAAGAAGAGUCAAAAGUCAAGUCCUUGAGUUUGGUAAACGAGGAGCAGUACAAUGACCUUUACAAGAAGCUGAAGGAAAAACAUUCCCAGCGUUUGCUUCAAUACUGGAAAAGAGCACAAGAAUCAACGGAUCCCUUAAAGUUUAUUUACGAGGACUUGGCUAUCGCGGCUUACCUUAUUACUCUGUGGAGUCACACGCAAUCUGAACCACAGGCUUUUGCCGAUCUAGGUUGUGGCAACGGACUACUGGUUCAUGUUUUAAAUGCCGAGGGCUACAAAGGUUAUGGCUACGACAUCAGGAAACGGAAGCUGUGGUCCCUCUAUCCAGAAGACACCAAAAAUAGCCUGUUGGAAAAGACGGUGGAGCCCAACAACUUCCGCUUAGACUUUCCCGAAAUCGACUGGCUAAUCGGGAACCACUCGGAUGAACUGUCACCCUGGCUGCCUGUGCUUGCCGGUCGUUUCAAUAGCAACUUCUUUCUCCUGCCCUGCUGCCCAUUUGAGCUGUCGGGAGCCAAGUUUCAGAGGCGCAACACCAGCAUAAGUGCCUACCAGGACUUCUUCCACUACGUCAAAAAGGUGACCCAAGAGUGCGGCUUUGAGGUCCUUGAAGACCGCUUAAAAAUUCCCAGCACCAAGCGACUGGCUGUGAUUGGAUUGAAAAAAAGUAAGACGAGAAGCAGUCAAGAGCUGGAGUGCUACGUCCAGGAAGAACUAAGGAAAUAUAACACUGGGGAAUCGGAAGUGAAGCUGCGUGGGAAGGAGGAACUGGUUCGGAAUUGUACGCAAAUACAGAGAACUAUCAUUGACGCACUGGUGCUGAAAAUCUUUCAGCAGCUGCUGGCUUCUAAAGAUGACCUGUGGUCAGGUCGCCUGCCCAUGAAAGACAUCGCCCAGAGCCUUACCAAAGACGAUCUUAAGAACAUCAAAUCCGAGUGUGGAGGCAUCAAAACACUGCUGCGGAACAAGCAUGAGGUAUUUGAGUUUUGUGGCGGAGACCUCGUAGGGAUUCGCCGGCCCAAGCCACCGACUGCUCCCCAGCUUACAAAACGGAAGCGGGAAUGCUUUUUCAAACUCCACCAUCCACUAUCCUGUCCCCUCUCCGACUCAGAAUGCUCUUUUAUACACUGA